CCAGCAUCAGCACCACCUUCAGCAUCCUCCAUCUUCAGCACCAGGGACAGCUGGGUGAAGCACUCAGACCACCACCGACUGCAAUGGUGUUUACAGUCACCCACAUGCUGACAGCAUCACCGCCACUACCAUCCUGCCACCAUUCAUUUCAAGUGAAGUCCAAACCACCUGAAGCGACACCACCCUCAGAAACGUCACCUCUGCUUCAGCGUCAUCAAUAGUAGCAGGCUCCCGCGUCAAUGUUCUCCCAUCUAUCAACCUGUUGCGCAUCUUUGAUAAGUUUUCCCGGAUGACGCGUCUCGCUUACAUUACAUGCACGUUCCUUUUUUUUUUUUUUUUUUUAAUAUUAUUGGUUGCGCAUGCGCCUCAGGGCACUUUCCAGAGUCUCCUGUGUUUGACUGGAGUGAUGGUAAAUCAUUAGCAUCACAGAAAAUGCUCCUGUUUAGCGUCCAGUUCAGACGAGGCGCUUCUCACUUCCGGAUUUCUCGUCCCGCUUCCACCGCCACUUCGCUCCCACCGACCACGCAACAGGCUGCGGUGAUGUGAUGAGUCCUCGCUGAGGCGACCGCCACCUGUUACCAGCCAGACUUUGAUGCCGACACCGAGGAUGAAGAAGCAGAACGUCCGGACUCUGUCGCUGAUCCUCUGCAUGUUCUCCUACCUGCUGGUCGGCGCCGCCGUGUUUGACGCGCUCGAGUCCGAGUCGGAGAGCUCCCGGAGGCGCAUCCUGGAGCAGAAGCGCAGCGAGAUGAAGAAGAAGUACCGCUUCUCCGAGGAGGACUACCGGGAGAUCGAGCGAGUGGUGCUGCAGGCUGAGCCCCAUCGCGCCGGCAGGCAGUGGAAAUUUGCUGGCUCCUUCUACUUUGCCAUCACGGUCAUCACCACCAUCGGUUACGGUCACGCGGCGCCGGGCACCGACGCCGGGAAGGUCUUCUGCAUGUUCUACGCCGUCCUGGGGAUUCCUCUGACCCUGGUCAUGUUCCAGAGCCUGGGGGAGCGGAUGAACACCUUCGUCCGUUUCCUUCUCCACCAGCUGAAACAGUGUCUGGGCUUCCGUCGCACCGAGGUGUCCAUGGAGAACAUGGUCUUGGUGGGCUUCCUGUCCUGCUUGGGGACACUUUGUGUCGGAGCGGCGGCGUUUUCCCACUUCGAAGGAUGGAGCUUCUUCCACGCCUACUACUACUGCUUCAUCACCCUCACCACCAUCGGUUUCGGAGAUUUUGUGGCUCUGCAGAAAAAGGAGGACCUCCAGGAGAAGACGCCCUACGUGGCCUUCAGCUUCAUGUACAUCCUUGUGGGGCUCACAGUCAUUGGGGCCUUUCUGAAUCUGGUGGUCCUCCGCUUUCUGACCAUGAACAGCGACGAUGAGAGGAGGGAUGCUCAGGAGAGGGCCUCCCUGAAGAGGGAGCGUGGCUUUUUGGACGGUGCCUUACGUCUGCACGUGGUGGGAAAGGGCCGAGACGACCGCGGGCAAAGAAGCAAGAGGCCCAACAGCCCCAGCACGCUCUUCCUCCCCAUUGAGGAGGGAACCAGCCGCACCAACUUGAUCCCUUCCCCCGUUGAAGAUGCACAGAGGGGCCCCCGCGACUACAAGCUGCAUUCCCACGGGUCGGGCUCCAGCCUCAGCUCGCUGUGCUCCAGUGUGUGUUACCAGCUCGGCAUCCACGAUGCACACCAUAAACACUGCGGCUUCAAUUCAGUGUACUACAAUUCAGUCUCCUACAGGAUCCAAGGUGGCUCGCCGGUCUACAGGGACCACACUGGACUCUCCUCCCCAGGGAGCAGCUUCCGGGAAUUUCCUCGCUUCAGGAGGAACUCGCUGUAAAGUUACUGAAUCAUUAUUUGCACUACCGUCGUCUAAUCCGGUGUUCGACGCAUGUGAGAGGAGGCGCCAUCGGAAACCAGAGGUUGUGUUUUUAGUGAUUAUCAGACCAAUGCAUCGGAAAAGAAUUCAGCGGAUGAGUUGCUUCUCUUAAAGCGACUGCUGGUUUGUCAAACAAGCAGCACGAAGCUGCGUUCCACUCGACAAUACACCCUUUCAGAACACAGCAAAAGUCUAAAAAUGACUCCCAUGUGUCCCCUCUGCGUUUGACUCUGCAUGCAAAACAACGUUGAAAAACAAACCUGGAUCUGAAGCCGGUUCUCAACAUUAACCUUCCACUCUCACUCUUGAAUGCUACGUUUAAAACAUCACGGGCCCACACAUUUCCUCAGGGCUAGGAAAGAUAAGACGCUAAGAUUUUAAAGCCUCAAUCCACACAAACCUGAUGCAGACACCAGGUCAAGAUGAGAAACUUCAACGACGUCUUCUUCCUUUUUAUGCCAUGAUGUGCUCCCUGCAUGAGGCCAAAGUGCAGCGCAUGCUUUACGGAAUGUGUCGAUCGCAUGACUGUCAUUUAAAGAGUGUUACCCUGCACAUAUUUCCACUGUUGGCAUGUGAAGCUUGAGAUGCAAGCGCUCAAUGAUGUCUUUUUACCGGACUAGUUUGUGUCUCGGUAGCUCUGUGGGUUUACUACGAUUUAAAAAAUGGCUUUUCUUUAUUGUGGCGAUUGAGCUGAAGUUUUCUACACGACUGAUUCCAAGAGUAAGAAUGUAGCACAAGAUCCGAUGAUGUAGCAGGUUUUCUCUAAAUCUUCCCAUAUUUUCAGCCAGGGACGUCUUCUCUGUCUGCAUCUUUAAAAACGUGGAUCUGGGUUUUGA